GAUACAGUGAAGGUGUUCGGAUUAUUAUGUGCCUCCGUGUUUGCUUGGUACUUGGGCUAUUUCUUUGCCGAAAUAUUGCCUGAAGACUCCCUACAGACCGCCAUCGGAAGCAUGCAACGGCUAGGAGAAAAAACUAUGAUCAAAGCCCCGCUGCCGGUGAGACAGAAGUGUGCCGUGUGGAGGAAAUGCCAGCCAUCAGAGUUUGUGUACAGUGUACGAAGUGGUGGUGCAAAGUCCUACUUGCCCGUGAUAUGUCUGGAAGAUGAGAUAUUACUAGGCGGAGGUAAGAAGACCGGAGAUAGAGGGUUCAACUUCGUAAUCGUCAAUCCUCAAACCUUGAAAGUCGUGGACACCAAGACAUUUGACAUGUAUGAAGGAGAUUUCUCAGGACCGAUGGUCGAGUUUAUGAACAAGGUCCCUGAUAAGUUUAUUGUCCUGGUCGCCAGCCAUGAUGAUGCAUUUUCGAAGUUAAACGAUGCUGCGAAGAAAGCAUUUGAAGACCUUGGUAGCAAAGAAAUCCGUAACCUAAAAUUCCGAUCCGGGUUUGUUUUCGUGGCUAUUAAAGGUGGAACCCUUCCUGAGGAUGCUGAAAGAGAAAAGAUCAUCCACUCGGACGGUUCCAGGAACAGGUACUCCGGUUGGCCGGCAGAAAUCCAAAUUGAUGGCUGUUUACGAAGACAAUAA